UCUCUCUCUCGUCCAGUGAGUAGUAACGCGCCCCACUCGGCACACUCACAUCACACUCUUCUCCUUAACUCCGCCACCCACGCGCGCAUGGGCGAUCCCCGGGCCCGCACGUCCGGCGAGCUCCGGCCGCCGGAGCUGACGCUCGACCCGCUCGAGUUCCUCUCCCGCUCCUGGAGCGCCUCAGGCCGCGCGUUCGGGGCCCCGCCGCCGACCCCGCCGCCGGCUGCGCUCGUCAGCCCCAUCGCCGAGGACGCCGCGUGCGAGCUCGACGACGGGGGCGCCUGCGUCGCAGCCAACGCCGCGGGCGGGAGCUCCUUCUCCUUCGCGUCCGCGGCCACGUCGCAGCUCAUCAUGGAACGGAUCCUCGCGCAAUCGCAAGAAGUGGCGCCGCUCACCUCCGGCCGGCUUUCGCACAGCAGCGGCCCUCUCAACGGCGGCGGUUCCCUCUCCGACAGCCCGCCGGUCUCGCCGGAGAUCGACGACGCAAAGUACUGCAGAGCAGUGAGCACGCCGAAGCCACAGGUGUACCGGGCCGGCAACAAGACUGUUGGCCGGUGGCUCAAGGAUAGGAAGGAGAAGAAGAAAGAAGAGACCAGGGCACACAAUGCACAGGUUCAUGCCGCUGUCUCGGUUGCGGCCGUGGCUGCUGCAGUAGCAGCUGUAGCUGCCGCGACCGCUGCAGCCUCAGGAUCUGGCAAGGAUGACCGUGCCGCCCGCACAGACAUGGCUGUGGCGUCGGCAGCAACACUUGUGGCUGCACAAUGCGUUGAGGCAGCAGAGUCCAUGGGGGCUGAGCGUGAGCAUUUGGAGGCUGUUGUUGGAUCUGCCGUGAACGUCAGGACACCUGGAGACAUUGUCACUGUCACAGCUGCUGCAGCUACUGCAUUGAGAGGUGCAGCGACAUUGAAGGCGAGAGCUUUGAAGGAGGUGUGGAACAUAGCGGCGGUGAUCCCAGUAGAGAAGGGCACAGUGGGGGGAGGGCACCAUCAGAAGCAGAAUGUGCCGAAGCAGCAUCGCAAGUUGGAGAGCAAUGGCAGUAGCAUCAGCGACGACGUUUCGCUUGAGGAGGAGAACAACUUCCUGGGCAUCUGCAGCCAAGAGCUGCUUGCUCGCGGCACUGAGCUCCUAAAACGCACUCGGAAAGGUGCACUGCACUCGAAGGUUGUAUCAGUGUACAUCAACCGGAUGGGCCUGGUAAUGCUCAAAAUGAAGAGCCGGCAUGUUGCAGGGACAAUCACCAAGAAGAAGAAAAGUGUUGUGAUAGAUGUGUGCAAGGACGUCUCGGCGUGGCCAGGUCGGCACCUGCUGGAGGACGGCGAGCACCGCCGUUACUUCGGCCUCAGGACGGCAGAGCACCGGGUGAUCGAGUUCGAGUGCACCAGCCAGCGGGAGUACGAGAUGUGGACAAAGGGCGUGGCGCGCCUCCUCAGCAUUGCCGGUGAGCGGAAACGCCUCGCGUGACUCUUGCCCACGCCACCGCCAGCCUGCCGACGCCGGUGUCGGCCCGGGCCAUCUGUUCGCUAGGCUGUAGAUGUGAGGUUGAAGGCAACAGAGCGACAUGGGCAUGGCGGGGAUGCGCCCCAGCGUGCGUCCCACAGGAAUUAUGUAGCUAGGGGCUCCUCCUCCUCCUGCUGCUGCUGCUGCUGUUGUUAGGGCUGAAAAUUGAAUCAAUGGCGGUGUGGUUUGUGUGUGCAUGUGGGGAAUGAAGUGCAUGGGGGUGCCAUCCCUCGUGGUGAGAAGAGGAAGGACAGUGCUCGGUGAGCUCUGUGCUCUUCCCUCUUGUUCUGUCUCCUGUAAGUUUUGCUGUUUCCUUUUCUUUUCUCUCAUUUGGGGUGUGGCAAUACAGAAGUCUAUCUGGAAUUAACUGUGGCUGGAAAAGAUAAAUGCUUUGUUAUGAUA